GAGAACAUAUAUAAAAAAGUUAGAUCCCUUCAAUAUCGAGAAAUUUAUUUUACAAAAAAAUUAGUCAUCUGGUCGUCUUCUUCUUCCUCUCGCCAUGAAGCUCGUCAGGUUUUUGAUGAAAUUGAACAAUGAGACAGUUUCAAUUGAGCUUAAGAACGGAACCAUUGUUCAUGGAACUAUUACAGGUGUAGAUGUUAGUAUGAACACUCAUCUAAAGGCCGUAAAACUAACUCUGAAAGGGAAAAACCCGGUUACGUUAGACCACUUAAGUGUUAGGGGAAACAACAUUCGGUAUUAUAUUCUUCCUGACAGCUUAAAUCUCGAGACUUUGUUGGUUGAGGACACACCAAGAAUCAAACCCAAAAAGCCAACUGCUGGGAAGACACCAGCUCGCGGGCGUGGCCGUGGAAGGGGUCGUGGACGCAGCCGUGUUGGUGGUCGUUAAGCAUUCAUGAUCCUAAGUUUUUAUUCUUCUUGUGACACUAGAGGGAUUGUGUGUUGUAGUGAGGCGAGUCUCGUAAAGAACAAAUUCUUGUGAUCUAAUCACCAGCAAAUUUAGAUUUAUAAAUCACAUAUGGCCAAAGAAAAUAACACUUUGUCGUUUAGAUGAGUUUAAGAAAAAUGAAACCAAGACAUUGUGCAGAAAGUAAGGCAAAAGAGGUAAUGUUUUCUUUUGAUGUUUUGAUCACUCUUCAAGCAUGAUGGAAUCCGUUACUCUGUCUU